AUGGAGGUCUUUGAUGUCGGUGAGGAUACUGACUCAUCGCGAUUUGACACAGAGAUUGUCUUUGGACUGUUCCCAAACGGUCAGAAUUCCACAGAUCUAGGGGAGUUCGGUAGCAUCACCCAAACGACAGCAGCCAAACCAGGAACGGAUAUAACCCUUUCCCGUCCUUUCAGCGGGGCAUUCCUGGACGUGACGGUUGACGCCAUACCCGAUGAAAAGAUCGUCACCUUCACACCAGCAACGACUGUCACAAGAACUACGGGUUUCAAUGAAGGCACGUUGCGGAUCAUAUCGGUUGACCCGAUAAAAACCCUCGUUUAUGGGUAUAAUAGCGCUAACCUCACGUUCGGAGCAAUGGGCACCAUCCCGCUCGAAUACCUCGGUCAAGAAUACUUUGUGGUUGUCCGAGCAAACCCUGGUCUUGGCCAGGUAGUCAUCUCAUCUUUGGGGCAACCUACUCUGGUCAAGAUUUCCCCUAACGCGGUAUUUGAAUUCAACGAGAUCCUCUAUGACGGAACUGAAAAUCUUGUAAUCGAGAUUCCCGCCUGGGGUCAGAUGACUGUCACGACUUCCUCAAAUGAUUUCACGGGAUCGAGGAUCUUAGCCAACCAAUCCGUAUCCGUGGUGAGCGGAGCAGCAUGUGCCUACACUCCCGAUGCCAUAGAUGGGACAUGUGACUACGCCAUAGAGCAGCUGCUACCCUACGAUCGAUGGGGCACUGUCUUCAAUGUGCCACCGUUUAACGGAGCCUCGGCUUCUGGCUACUUUGUCCAAGUGACAGCAGCUCGGGACAAUACCACUGUAAUCGUAAAUGGAUCUCAAGUAGAUCUUAACCAAAGACAGACAUUCGAUUUGGACGUCGCAGAUGAUACCAUGCUAAGAAUCACCAGUAAUCAACCCGUGCAGGUCAUGAAGUUCAUGAAGGGUACCAUAUCGAUGGUCCUAGUACCUCCAGAAGAGCAAUACACUAACCAAGUAACUCAUGUCCGCAUGAACCCUAUACAGAGCCAUUCUUUCUCUCACCACUUCACAAUCGUCACGACUUGUUCUAGCAGCUCUGGUCUAAGCGUCGUCUAUAAGAAUGCUGGAGCAUCAGAAACAACAGUGUCUUUGGGAUCCUUCUCCUUGUUGAAUUACAGUGGUAUAUGUGCCUUCAGUGGUACCGGACAGGAAGGUCUUACAUACAAAAUUGCACAUUCAGAACCGCAAUCUGCGUUCUACGUUGAGGCUUACGGGACGUCCCUCUCUGGCAGCUUCGCUUUUGUGGGAAAUCAACUAUACAAGCGGUUGAGAUGCAUCGACUACCGUAACGACUUCCUGUUCGGAACCACCCCAAGUGUAACCACCCAACGAUCGAAGACUACAACUUCCAUGUCGCAACUCAACACGUCGGAGACAACGAAAGGCCUAUUGGCUACUACAACGGAAUCUACAUCCCUGGAUGGUACGUUUGCAAACUCCUCUUUUGAAAGUACUUUAAGUGACCCGGCAAUUGAUGUGACAUCUACAAUGGGCACUGUUAUAUCAGAGACAACCAAACCUGCCCAUAGCCCUACUCCAAUUUUUAAUACGACCUCUACCACUGGUACUACUGUAACCGCUGUUGCUUCUAUCGAUCUUUCUAAUUCAACUAUCGUUUCGGCUGCUAAGGCUACUAAUGGAACUACUUCUGUAGAUAGUAAUUCUGCUACUUCCCGUAUCAUUACUACCGGUACUUCCAAUAUUACUGCUUAUACAAAUUCUACUAGUUCUACAGUCUCUGCAGCUGCUACUCUUAAUACCCUGGAUAUUACUUCUUCUUCUGAUCCUAAUGCUAAUUCUUACUCUCCUGUUACUGAUUCUAGUAAUACUGCUUAUCCCAAUUCGACUUCUUCUGCUGUCGUUACUCAUUUUUCUGCUUCAUCUGCUGAUUCUAACGCAAGUGUUUCUGCUAUUGCUACCAACGCCAAUAUUACUGCUUCUUCUGUCUAUACUGUUAAUACCUCUGAGGUUGCUAUCACAAAUACUUCCUUGGCUGGACAUCGUGCUCCAGCUACGACUGAUUCUGCCCUACAUGAUGCUACAAACACACUUGUUAGCACCACCGUUGCUGUUGCUUCAUCUGCUGAUGCAUUCUCAACUACCGCCACCACUGCCUCUCAGGCUACGAGUUCUGUAGGCCUAGGGGAAUCGAUGUCCACAAAUACCCAUUCCUCGACAAUCAUAAACCAACCUAUACCACUAAUCAUAGAGCUCCAGGAAACCACCGCACGCUUAUCACCAGGUGAGGUAACAACUGCAUCAGAUGCUACGACUGAAUACAUUAUGACAUCGACAGUUCAACCUACAACUUCACCAUCGUCCAGAGCAGCAACAUUUUCAUCGUCAUCUAGCAUCACUGCUGAUCUUCAAUCUGAAUUCGUGAACGUUGAUUCCAGUUUCACCUCUAGUCCUGCGGAGCAAACGUCGGACCCGACAACAGCGUGCGCGACUUCGACGAUUCCCAGGGAAGUGUCUACCUUUGUCAAUUCAUCUUCGAUUACUAGUACCUCAAAGAAUUUGACGUCGACGCGGACUUCGACGAGUGCGAUGAAGAUGUGUUUCUACCUGGCCCAAUUAAAGCUGGAAAUGAAGCGUUCAGUAUCUUCCCCACUGUGCGCUGCCGCUGCAAUGCAAUCAUCGUCGUCGCCGUCGGCACCAUCGUUUAUAGCAUCAUUAUUACAAUCAUCGUGGGUAUAUGGACAUUCUGCAGAAAUUGAAGGCCACGCUCACAUUACGAUCUACUCUGUCGGAGAUGCUCUGACGCAGGUCGAAGGGAAAAGGUCCAAGUACUACCGCUCAGUCGCCUCGUGUCAGACUUGUAAUUCACUCAGUUGA